AUGGACGACUUGAAAAGCUUCGUGAACUACCCAUCAAAAACUACAGUGGGUUUCGCUCCAAAGUUUACCGGCAAUAGAAAAUUUUUCGCUAAUAUGAUCAGCACUCUCGGUUUUAAAGAAAUGCAAGCCAAUGAUGAAGAGGAUCUUAGAAAAGACUUUGUUAAAAAGUUAAGAUAUUGUGACAACGCUGUGAUGGAUGAAAAUAUAAUGCCAGAAUUAUACGAUCGGGAAGUUGACCAAUCUAAAAUAUAA